GCUUGUGUUGUAUAAUUGGAUGAGAUUCAAAUUGUGUGACAAAAAAAAAAUUGAGCUGCUUCAUUAGUUCCCAUUAUACUUGAAAUAAUGCUCUCUUCUCUUCAGCUUCUCUGCUUCUAUAAGCAGCCACCACUAUGUGAAAACUUAGUGCACAGUGACCAUAACAACAGCUUGUUAUUGAAGGAUAAGAGGCUAAUAUCAAAUCCUUCUAAUUAUUUCAUAGUUCAUGCAGUGAAGGAGGAUUCACAACAAUAUGAAGUAGACCCAGAUAAGGCUAGAGAAGCAUUACAAAAGCUUGAUCAAGAAAUCCAAUCUCUCUCCAAUAAACCAAUCUCUUCUCCAAAAGUCAGGGUUUCAGAUAUGAAGAUCAGCAAAGAAGAAGUGAAUGAGAUGGAUCAGAAGCUUGAAAUCACAGAUUCGUUACUUACAAGCGUGGCUGGUGGUCUAGUUCUCUUAACUAUAUUUUACAAUACACUAUUUUAUACUGUAAUUAAACCAUCAAUCGAUGGUUCACCAUGACCCUUCCAAGACUAGGCACAUAUGUGUAUAGAAUUUAAACAUUCAUCCUUGAAAGUUCCUAUAUAUAUAUAGGAUAAAUGUAACAAAAAAUGUUGAUAACUAAUAUUUUUCAA